GCAAGCUCAAGGUCAACAAAGCUAAACAACCGCCAGAGGAAGAGGGUAUCUUCCCAAUAGAGGUCUUAUACGGAGAGGUCAAAGGGGAAUUACGAGAAAAAGAGAAACCUUAGUUUCUUGAGAAGGCAAGAGAGGAGGAAAGGCGAAGCAGUGAAGAAAGGGACGGAGAUACUGGUAUUUUGAGAAAAAAGUUGAAUAGUUUUGAGGAGUCAUUUGGUGGCCAUGGAUCCAACAUGCUCUUCUGAGAGCAUUUAUAACCUCAUACCCAGUGACUGGAAGGAGCCUCCCCAGCCUCCUAGGUAUAUAUCAAUUUUUAAGACGGCUGUAAAAGAGGACAUGCAAAAAUCUAAAACUGCGAUGAAAACUAUGGGACCACCAAAAGUUGAAGUACCUUCUCCAAAGGAUUUCUUGAAGAAACAUUCAAAGGAAAAACCUCUACCACCCAAAAAAAAGUUUGAUCGGAAUAAGCCCAGAAAGCCUCCUGUGCCAUUGAGGACCGAUCAUCCAGUCAUGGGAGUACAGAGCGAAAAAAAUUUUGUCACUUCAAAUGCAGCUGAUGUCAUUAUGGGAGUGGCUAAAAAGCCUAAACCAAUUUAUGUUGAUAAAAGAACUGGAGACAAGCAUGAUCUUGAAACUUCUGGACUAGUUCCAAAGUACAUUAAUAAAAAGGAUUAUGGUGUCACUCCUGAAUACAUAUGUAAGAGAAAUGAGGAAAUAAAAAAUGCCCAGGAAGAGUAUGAUAACUACAUCAAGGAAAACCUGAGGAAAGCAGCUAUGAAAAGGCUCUCCGAUGAAGAAAGGGAAGCGGUGCUGCAGGGGCUGAAAAAGAACUGGGAAGAGGUGCAUAAAGAGUUCCAGUCCCUCUCAGUCUUUGAUUCCAUGCCAAAGAAAGCCCAUAAGCAGAAGCUGGAAGAAAAAAUGAAGCAACUGGAACAUGAUAUUGGUGUCAUAGAAAAACACAAAAUUAUUUAUAUUGCCAAUAAGUAAUAAUGGAUUAUUAAAGUAUAGUAAUUCUAAUGUAAGAAAGAACAUGGAAAACCUACAAAUGAAACUAAAUUUUUCAAAGAGGAAAAUACUAUGAAGAGAAUAAAAAUAGUCUUUACCAAAUGCUUAAGUAAUGUUUAAAGAAUAAUUGGAUUUUUU